AUGGUUUUGUUGUCGAAAAUAUUACCUGCGACGAGCUUGAAGGCUGUGAGCGCCACGGCGGUAGCGGUGAAUGCACUAGCGGCAAGCUACUGCAUUCCGAAAAAGGAGGACAGGCUGUAUGAUUUAGUAGGAUCAAUUGGAUUCCUUAGUUCAUUGGGCGUCUCCCUCUGCUAUCCAGCUAUCAGAGCCAAAUUGCUCGGCCUGCCACCCGUUGCACUGCCCAACCCACUCCACCUCUCAGCGCAAUCGCUGAUCGCUACCACAUUUGUAGCCUUCUGGUCAGCCAGACUGGGUAUAUUCCUCUGCAAGCGUUCAUUCCAAUCGGGAACAGACUCGAGGUUCGAGAAUAUCACUCCAUAUCCAGGUAAAUUUGCAGUUGCAUUCGCUGGGCAAGCUAUGUGGAAUAUAGCAGCAGCAUGGCCUGUGUAUGCCAUUAAUGCUAUUCCUGCACACGUAGCUAUCCCAGCCAUGGGUGUGGUAGAGAUGGCAGGCGUAGCUGUGAUGUUGUCUUCUCUCUACAUGGAGCAUGUUGCAGAUGCGCAGAAAACGCGCUGGAGGAAUGAGAAGACCGACGGAAAACAUAAGGAACCUUUCAUCAAAAGUGGUUUGUGGGCUUACUCAAGACACCCAAAUUAUGCUGCAGAAGUAUCAACUUGGAUUGGCGUCUCGCUUCUCACUAUGAGAACUCUGGCUAGCGUACCUUCCGUCUAUCCAGCUUAUUUCGGCGCUGUCGCUUUCGCUAGUCCCCUAUUCGAAUAUCUUCUCAUUCGAUACGUUAGCGGUGUCUCAAUGCAGGAGAAAAUCAGUGAUGAAAAGUUCGCGAAAGCUGAUGAAAACACCUUGAAUGCUUGGAAAGAGUACAAGGAAAAGGUGCCUGUGUUUUUCCCAACUGGGAGACACCUUUAG